CACAGGCUCCUCGCCCUCUGGUUUUGCUUCUCCCUUCAAGAUGGCGGACACAAUGAGCCGGCGGAGCGCCGGUUGGCCCUGAAGUGACUCCGGAGAAGAACGGUCGGCGAGGUCCCGUCGUCCCGGCGAGAGAGCGUCGCCUAAGGAAGAGGACGCGGCAGUCCCACUGUCAGCCGUCCUUCCGUUCGUCUCCAGCGCGGCGCCCGCACCGCCGGGGUUGAGCAGCCCGCCCGCUCGCUCGCCUCUCGGCCCCGCCCCGGCCCUGCGCCGCCGCCGCCGCUGCCUUGAGCAGCAGCCGCCGCCGCCAUGAAGCUGACCGACAGCGUGCUCCGGAGCUUCCGCGUCGCCAAGGUGUUCCGCGAGAACUCGGACAAGAUCAACUGUUUUGACUUUAGUCCCAAUGGCGAGACGGUCAUCUCUAGCAGCGAUGAUGACUCCAUCGUACUCUAUGACUGCCAGGAGGGCAAACCAAAGAGAACCCUGUACAGUAAGAAAUACGGUGUGGACCUCAUCAGAUACACCCAUGCAGCCAACACAGUCGUUUACAGCUCUAACAAAAUAGACGAUACCAUUCGUUACUUGUCCUUGCAUGACAAUAAAUACAUCAGAUACUUUCCAGGACACAGCAAGAGGGUGGUGGCCUUGUCCAUGUCACCUGUGGAUGACACUUUCAUUUCUGGGUCUCUUGAUAAGACCAUUCGACUCUGGGAUCUCCGGUCUCCUAACUGCCAGGGCCUCAUGCAUCUACAGGGCAAACCUGUCUGCUCCUUUGAUCCAGAAGGGUUAAUUUUUGCCGCGGGUGUCAACUCAGAAAUGGUCAAGCUUUACGACCUUCGUUCUUUUGAUAAGGGACCAUUUGCAACAUUUAAGAUGCAGUAUGAUCGGACCUGUGAGUGGACAGGGCUUAAGUUUAGCAAUGAUGGCAAACUGAUACUCAUCUCCACCAACGGCAGCUUCAUCCGUCUUAUUGACGCAUUCAAGGGUGUGGUGAUGCACACAUUUGGGGGUUAUGCUAACAGCAAAGCUGUGACACUCGAAGCUUCAUUUACUCCAGACUCACAGUUUAUUAUGAUUGGUUCGGAAGACGGCAAAAUCCAUGUCUGGAACGGAGAGAGUGGUAUAAAAGUGGCUGUAUUGGAUGGCAAACACACUGGUCCCAUUACCUGUUUGCAAUUCAACCCCAAGUUUAUGACCUUUGCCAGCGCCUGUUCCAACAUGGCCUUCUGGUUGCCCACCAUUGAUGACUGAUCCUGACGCUGCUGGGCUAUGUACAGUGAGGGCGGCCAACAGGAAAAGCCAGAGGUGACUGAGAUGACAGUGGGAUUGAUCGAUCAUUUGACUGGGCCUGGAGAACAUCUUUCCACAUGGCCUUCCCAGGGAUGUGCUGUCCAUCCACUCUAAUGAAUUACUUUGCUGAGCACCUUCAAAAGGACUCCUGGUGCUGCAGACUCAGUUGGCACUCAGCCUUUCCAGCUCUCACUGCGCCAAGCUCUUCGGAGUGUGACUAGACUUACGAUUAGGUUACCGUGGGGCUCUUGAACCCCUUCAAUUUUGAAUGUACUUGCUGCUGAGGAGCCAGUGAAGUCCCCACUUUCUGCACAUCCUUCUCACCCCAGAAAUGCAUGGGAAGCCGCGGUUUUGAGAUGCUAGGGCAGCUCAGCACUCCUUGCCCUCACCCUGCAUGUCUUGUUACUGGGUCUCCCUGUGUAAUUCAUUGUGGCAUUUUUCCACAACCAUCAUGUUUCUUAGGUGCCAAACAUUUACAAAAAUAAUCUUCAUAAACCUUGGGGUCAAAGAAAGAGACAGGUACAGAAGGACCUUGUUUGUCAGGAGGCUAUAUGGUAUUCUUGNAUAGGUGGGUGGGGCAGAUCUUGGGCUUAGAUGUUGGCUAACAAAGGGCCCAAGAGUCUGAAAGGGAGGGAAGGGGGUAGCAGGUAAAUUCUGAGAGCUGAGAGGCUUAGCAGCCUGGUGCAGUUCCCCCAUGAAGACAAUCCCACAGUCUUUUGUGGGGGGUCCUACANAGCUUGGCUUGUACAAAAGCAAGCAGUAGUUUAUUUUUGUACCUGAGUCACAUCACGUUCUCCUGAGGGCCAGUAUUGUGGAACGAGUCUGAGUUGUUUACACUGAUGCCUUCCUUCCCUGCCCACCACAAAUUGUGUACAUAGUCNGCAGAUGAAACCCCUCUUGUCCAGCUCCUACCCAAGAGCUGGCUCUAGGCCUGUGUUAUAUGUUAUAUUUAGCCUUUUUAUAUAUGACCCUUGAUCUGUUUGUAUUUGAACACUGUGUGUAUCCACUUUAAUACAUUUGUGCAGACAUGCACAUUACAUACAUGUAUAUGCCUGUCUCAUCUAGAUUAUCAAGGGUUCAGCAGGAGAGGGAANNUUACAGCUGAGAAUGACUCUGUGGAUAGUGUAUGCCACAACUGUUAUUCUUCUCUGUUAACCUUAGGGAUACAACGUGAAGCAGAGCUUCUAGUGUUUGCUGUUUCAUGGCAGCUAAGUGGGGGCCUUGGGUGAAUCCCUUGUGCUCUUUAAGCCACACUUUGGGGCCCUCUC